AGAUACGACACAAUCCUACAACCUGUUACACGGAUCGGAACUCUUAACGUGAAAAAAAAACAAAAAUAUCAUGUUUCAACUUUGAUAGUUCGUUAGUGUAAAAAUGAGUAAAAACGAGUCGAAAUAUAUGCCAUUUUUACGGCAGUGCUUUGUGACGGCGAGCGUGGCGCUGAACAUUGUGGGCCAUGGCGCGGUUAUAGGGUACGCGGCCGUGCUGAUUCCCGCGUUGCGCAGUCCAGACUCACCUAUCGUCGCUACACCUAGCCAGGAGUCAUGGAUAGCGUCUAUCAUCGGAUUCGCGCUUAUAGUUGGAAAUUUUAUCAUCACACCGUUGAUGGAUACAUUAGGCAGAAAGAAGUCGCACUUGCUAACCAUCCUACCCAACAUGACGGGCUGGUUCAUGCUGCUGAUGGUGAACAAUGUGGCAGGUCUCAUCAUCGCCAGAUUCCUCCAAGGAAUAGCCAUGGGCAUGUUAGGACCUCUCGGCUCGAUCAUUAUUGGAGAAAUGACAGAUCCAAAGAACCGCGGCGCCUUUUUAACUAGCGUCUCUCUUUCUCUCACUAUCGGUGUCCUUUUCUCUCACGCAUUGGGCACAUACUUCAGUUGGCAACAGAACGCACUUAUUUGCUCAUUUAUUACUUUCAUAAGUUUGAUAUUAAUUAUCCACGCUCCAGAAUCUCCUUCUUGGUUGAUAUCCAAAGGACGUUAUGAAAAAGGAAGCGAAAUAUUCUUCUGGUUGAGAGGAAAAGAUGACAGACAAAGAAUGGAAUUGGAAGAUUUAAUCGCAGCACAAAAGUCAGCGAGAAAAUCUAGUAUUGGAGAAGAGAAACAAGCGAUUGGUGAACGAGUUAAAAGAUUAUUUAAUUAUUUAUGUAAAACAUCUAAAAAACCUGAGUUCUAUAAGCCUAUUUUAAUAAUGUUUCUCUUGUAUACGAUGUUCCAAUUCGCUGGAAUUAACGUUUUAAGUUCAUACGUCAUGGACAUAGUACAUCAAUUGAUUGGGCCAGAUGCGAAUGCUAAAGUCAUUAUGGUAGCUUUAGACGUUGAGAGAUUGGUUUGUAAUCUUUUAGCUGUAUUCCUCAUGAAGACAAUGAAACGAAGAACUCUACUGUUUAGUACAGCUGGGAUUUGUGUUUUAUCUUAUUUAGGUAAAGCAGGUUAUUUAUAUUGUAAACAAAAUGAUUUAUUACCUUACGAUAAUCAAUGGAUACCUUUAUUUUUAAUAGGAAUUUAUAUGUUUUCUUUAACAAUAGGAAUAUCGUCGAUACCAUUUGCUAUAUCUGGGGAAAUAUUUCCGUUGGAAUAUCGUGGAUUGGGUGGUGGUAUUAGUGUUUGGGCUUUGUCUUUGAAUUUCUUCGUUGCUGUGAAAUCCUUCCCCGUGUUGAUUGGUACGGUUGGUUUACCAGUAACUUAUUGUCUUUACGCUGGUAUUCUUGUUAUAUGUCUUAUAGUUAUUUAUUUCUUGAUGCCGGAGACAAAAGAUAGGACACUACAAGAUAUAGAAAAUAGUUUUCGAGGUUGGACGGCGGAAGAUUACAGGAAUGCGGAACCUUUGAAUGGUAAAGUAAUUACUGAAAUGCGUAGAUGUAGUUCUCAUAUACUUUACUAAUUGUUUCUGAGACAAAAAUGUUUGCAUAAAUCGUCAUCCUUGUUAAAUCAGAGAUCAUAGGUUUUAAUCGGGGAUAUUGGGCUCAGAAACCCACUAAUUAGCUAAAACACGAAUCUAUUUAUUUUUGCUUGUGUUGUAUGAUAAAGUUAUUGAAUCGAAUGUGAUUUCUAUAUCUUUGAAAUUGUAGCAAUAUUUCUUUUUUGUAAAUUAAGGCUGUGAAUAAAAUGUAAAUACAUUUGUG